GUCUUUAGUUUAGAAACACAGCAGCAGAUUGUUGGAGGUUAAGGUGAAUAUGGAAGGGUGGUUAGAGUUUCCCCCGGUCUCCAGUAAAGUGGAGCAGCAGAAGAUCCAGCUCUGAUCAGCAGCUCCACACCUCUGUACUCAGACUGCUCUGCUGGAGGAACACCAUCAGCUCACCUGCUGCAGAAAUGAAUGCUGUUCUGUUCCAGCUCUUCCCCUGAUCCCAGUGUCAGUGUUCCUAACUGGAAGAAGGCUAGCUGCACAAAUACAAUCAGAAGAUUUUAAGCUGCUGAAUGAAAGGGAGAACAUGGCAUCCAAAGAAAUCUCUGAUACUCAACAAACAUUAUCUCCUACACCCAAGAAGCAAAUGCAGAAAAGUACAGGCAAGGAGAAACCUCACCACUGCUCAGACUGUGGGAAGAGUUUUACUCAAAAGACUCAUCUACAAACACACCAGCGCAUUCACACUGGAGAGAAACCAUUUCACUGCUCAGACUGUGGGAUGAAGUUUAAUCACCAGUCUAAUUUCCAGCGACACCAGCGCAUUCACACUGGAGAGAAACCAUAUAUCUGCAAAUACUGUGGGAUGAGUUUUCAUAAUCCGAUUAGUCUUCGAACACACAGACACAUUCACACUGGAGAUAAACCAUUUCACUGCACAGUGUGUGGGAUUGGUUUUUUUCAAAAGAGUCAUCUCAAAGAACACCAGCGCAUUCACACUGGAGAGAAACCAUAUCAGUGUUCAGACUGUGGGAAGAGUUUUAAUAAACAGUGUACUCUGACAAAUCACAAGCGCAUUCACACUGGAGAGAAACCCUAUCACUGCUCAGAAUGCGGAAUGAAUUUUUAUCAACAGGGUGAUCUCCAGCGACACCUGCGCGUUCACACUGGAGAAAAACCAUAUUACUGUUCAGAAUGUGGGAUGAAUUUUCAGCGACCGGGUCAUCUCAAGGAACACCAGCGCAUUCACACUGGAGAGAAACCAUAUUACUGUUCAGACUGUGGCAUGAAUUUUUAUCGACACAAUCAUCUGCAACAACACCAGCGCAUUCACACUGGAGAGAAACCAUAUCAGUGCUCAGACUGUGGGAAGAAUUUUAAUCACCAGUAUAAUCUCCAGCGACACCAACGCAUUCAUGCUGGAAAGAAAACGUAUCUCUGUUCAGACUGUGGGAUACAUUUUAAGAAUCAGAGUAGUCUCCAGCGACACCAGCUCAUUCACCCUGGAAAGAAACUUUAUCACUGCUCAGAUUGUGGCAAGAGUUUUAAAUAUCCAAUCGGUCUUCGAAGACACAGACACAUUCACACUGGAGAGAAACCGCAUCACUGUACAGAGUGUGGGAUGAAUUUUCGUCAACAGGGUCAUCUUAAACAACACCAGCGCAUUCACAGUGGAGAGAAACCAUAUCACUGUUCAGACUGUGGAAAGAGUUUUAAUAAACAGUUUACUCUCAAAAAACACCAGCGCAUUCACACUGGGGAGAAACCAUAUCACUGUUCAGAAUGCCAGAGGAGUUUUUGUCAACAGAUUGAUCUCCAGCGACAUCAGCUCAUUCACACUGGAGAGAAACCCUAUCACUGCUCAGACUGUGGGAUGAAUUUUCAUCAUAAGGGUAAUCUUCAGCGACAUCAGCUCAUUCACACUGGAGAGAAACCAUAUUACUGUUCAGUUUGUGGCAUGAAUUUUUAUCAGCACAGUCAUCUCCAGCGGCACCAACGCAUUCACACUAGAGAGAAUUCGUAUCACUGCUCAGACUGUAGAAAGAGUUUUAAAAAUCAGAGUAGUCUCCAGCAACAUCAGUGCAUUCAAACUGAAAAGAAACCGCAUCUUUGCUCAGACUGUGGCAAGAGUUUUAAACAUCCUAUCAGUCUUCGAACACACAGGUACAUUCACACUGGAGAGAAACCAUUUCACUGCUCAGAGUGUGGGAAGACUUUUCGUCAAAAGAGUCAUCUCAAACAACACCAGAGCAUUCACACUGGUGAGAAACCGUAUCAGUGCUCAGAAUGUGGGAUGAAUUUUCCUCGACAGGCUAGUCUCCAGCGGCAUCAGCGCAUUCACACUGCAGAGUAACCGCAUCACUGCUCAGACUGUGGGACAAACUUAAAUAAUCAGUGUGGUCUCUAGUGACACCAGCCCAUUCACACUGGAGUGAAACCACAUUACUGAUUAGACUGUGGGAAGAGUUUUAAUAGUACGAUUAGUCACCAAACACACAGAUACAUUCACACUGGAGAGAUUAUUUCAGUAACUCUACUACAGUGAUUUGUAUAUGUUCUCUUUAUUUGUGUAUGCAAUAUUAGUAGCAGUGGGAUGUGACUAGAUAUGGUCUGUAUAGUAAAUAAGACACAUUUGGAACUGCUGCUGGUUUGCAUGCAAGACAGCAUGAUGAAAACAUGCAAAUGUGUGAGAGUGUUGGUUACUCUUACUAACUCUGCUGAGAAGCGGCCUAACCUUUUAUAUAUUAUGUCCAGGCUGCAGGUAAUAUAGCCGCAUUGCUCAGAACUGAACCACUAGAACUGAACAAUUUAAAACUUUUUCUCAGCAACCGAACAACUAUUUUAUUAAUACAUUGCUUAUUUUUUCUUGACUAUUAUAAAGCAAGCUGUUUAUUCAUUGGUGGUUUAAACUUUAUUUCCAUACAGUGGUGUGAAAAAGUGUUGACUCUGUUAUGAUUUCCUAUAUUUUUUGUAUUUAUGUCACUUUUAAAUGUUUCAGAUCAUCAAACAACUUUAAAUAUUAGUCAAAGAAAACACAAGUAAACACAAAAUGCAGUUUUUAAAAAAGGGUUUUUAUUAUUAAGGGAGUAAAGAAAAUCCAAACCUAUAACUGGCUCAGCCACCCUUAGCAGCAACACCUGUUAUCAAGCAUUUGCAGUAACUUUCAAUUAGUCUUUCACAGCACUGUGGAGGAAUUUUGGGUGCAGGUUCCUACUAGUGUGCAUAGAACAGUAUUUACAACAAGUAGAAUAGUACAGUACACAAAAUAUACACAAUGCACACAAUAACAAUACACACAAUAACUUACACUAUAGACAUAUUGACAUAUGGUAUUGCAUGGAAAUACAUUAAGUGUGACUAAGUAUAUAAAUAUAAAUGCUAUAUAGAUGUGCAGGUAUCUAGAGUGUGUGUAGAAGUAAGGAAAACAUCCAAUAGGUGACAGAGUAAUUAUGAUUAAAGUGCAGGUACAGAAUGAGUUGUGUGGGACAUACAGGGUGCAGAAUGCUGUAUGUGGGAUAAGCAUGUGAAAUUCAGAUAGCUGCAAUGUGAAGUAGAUUAAUGUGCAAGAUGCAAGAGUUUAAAUAAGAUGGCAGUGGGGUAGGUUGGGCAGAACACUAUUCCACAGCCUGGUUGCCUGUUGGAAGAAGCUCUCUCGGAACCGGCUGGUUCUGGUCUUCAAACUUCUGAGCUUUCUUCUACUGGGAAGCUGUGAGAACAAGGAGUGGCCUGGGUGGGAGGGGUUCAUGAACUGCAUUUUUAAGGUCAUGUCAUAGCAUCUCAAUAGGAUUCAAGUCUGGACUAGGCCACUCCAAAGUCUUAACUUUUUUCUUUUCAGCCAUUCAGAGGUGGACUUGCUGGUGUGUUUUGAAUCAUUGUCCUGCUGCAGAACCAAAGUUAAUUUUAGCUUAAGGUCACAAACGGGGCCAUGUAGGUUUGCAUUUUUUUCUCCCUAAAUAAUGAAAACCUUAAUUUAAAACUGCAUUUUGUGAGUGACAAACAUGCAAAAAAAACACUUUUUUACAUGUAUUUACAUAAAGGAAAUCUGUGUACUAAUUAUUUAGUUUUACCUGUCUCUGUAUAAUGCUCAAUCCCACUGACUCAAAGACUGAAUAUCCUGACUCAUCACCUGCUGUUGGACAGAGGUGGCUGCAGCACAGAAGAAGUGCAGUGACUGCAAGCUGAGAUCAGACUUUUCCAACAACCUUUGAAAGAGUCACUAAACAGAAAAGAAGCUCGAACAGUGUGGGGCCAAUCAAGUGAGAUGGAAUGGGAAGCUUUAGCUGCUUACCACACUUCCGCUUGAGGCAUUUACUCAAAACGUUUUACAGUAACUUAUUUGUGACCUAUUUUAAUAGCAAAGGUGACUGUCCCAUAUCUCCAGUCAAACAGUGUUUCUUAUGUUGUUCUUCCAAAUUCUGUGGAGAAAUACUUUCAGAAUUCUUGCUUCUGUUUUACUCCAGUCAAAACUGGAACCACCUGUAUUUUAAGAUGAUAGCAAACUCCAGCCGUAUAGAACAUCCCUUGACUAUAAUGAUGUGCAAGUUUUCUUGACACUUUACAGUUUUUGGCCUUAUUUCUAUGAAAAGGGUUUACUGUUCUCAGAACACACAUGGUCACAUGUUUUGUGAUGUAUUUAAAAUGUCUAUUUACCCCCUGACCUCCAAGAUUGAGGCAUGAAGGCUUUCUUGAUCAUACAUUUUAUAGUCCAUAUGCAUAAUAAGUUUAAUAAACUACUGUGUACUCCUCCUGAACAGGAUCAGAUUGAUCUGAUUUGCGUAAACAUACUGGAGAGAUAGAGAGACACUUUCAUUCCCUUAUUUCUUCAAUAAUGGACCAAUUUCUACAGGCUCAUGAGCUCCAUUCUGUUCUUGGCUCUAGGGGAUGUUACCAACUGAGCAUUAAAAAAAGGAGUGAUUCUCCCACUAAAUCACAAUGAAACAAAUGGUCCUUCCAGCUAUAUGCUGGAGAUUAGGAGAUAUGGAGAUUUUGAUGUGCUCUCUCAAAGUUUUGUCUACAUUAUACACCCUUAGACAUUCUGCCAGGCUGUGCCACCAUAGCAGGUAUUUAUCUUAAUUUUCUGCCCCAGUGCUGCUGCAUGUUGCCCCUCACCUGAGAUCCCUACAGCUGAAUGACCAUUAUAUUUGCACUUUGUGCAAUUCUGAAAAAAAUUGUGGUGGAUGCUCGGUAUGUUAAACAGGAUGCUCUUUUGUAUUUCUGUGACCCUAAAUGAUGCUUCAUACUCUGACAGCACCAGUAAUAAGGCUAUUACAUGACAAGGAUCCGUUGGCUGACAUUGAUGCUGCCCCUGACACUUUCAGUCAGUAUAACCUUCAGUCCAGGCAGAUUUCCCAGAGUCCCAGACCACAUCACGAUGGUUAGCAAAUGGAUGAACCUGCCCUUAACUUUCAGGAAGUGCUGUACUAAGUUCAUUAUGUUGAAAAGUAAAAAGGAUUGCUUUUGAUUCUUUUGCUAUUGUUAAAGUAUUUGAUAAGUAAGGCCCUAUCCCAUCCCAAUCCUCCCUCUAUAAAUUGGGACAAUCAUUCAAGCACAUGAUAUAAAUAUAGCAGUAGAGCACUAAUGUUUAGUAACUUAGCUGCUGGUUAUCUAUAGGACAGUGUAUAUCUUCAGAAUAGUAUCAGGUGAAGCAGCAAUUAAUAAUUAAUUAUUCAUUGUUUUUCAUUAGUGAAACUAUACAUGUUAUUUUUUCUAUGGAUUCUGUACUGACAUGUAUUCUGGCUGUUCUGUAUGUUUUGAUUCGAGGGCUUAGUGUUAAUAGCAUGUUUCAUAGUAAUUUGUAUUAAUGUAAAGUUCCAAUAAACCAUUAAAAGAAA